GUCAUUUUGAGAUCUGUCUGCUGUCAUACUAUUACAAUGAAGUUGUUGGCUUUGUCGUGAUUGGGAAUUACGCCUACUUUUCUUUUUCUUAUUGAAUUUUAAACUGAGAGGAGAAACCAAUAAUUGAUUAUUAGACAGUCAUCUUCAGUUGCACUUGUGUUGAACAUAGGCUUAUCUGUGGCUAAUACUAUUGAAUGCUUAUAAAGUUUUGAACCCUUGACCUAGUAAAACUUCGUCAACAUGAAGAAAAAGGUUUUGUUAAUGGGCAAAAGUGGUUCGGGAAAGACGAGUAUGAGGUCUAUCAUAUUUGCGAACUAUAUCGCCAGGGAUACGAGAAGAUUGGGUGCUACAAUUGACGUAGAACACUCCCAUGUUCGUUUCCUUGGCAACUUGGUGCUCAACCUGUGGGACUGCGGAGGGCAGGAAGCAUUCAUGGAGAACUACUUCGCCUCACAAAGAGACAAUAUCUUCAGGAAUGUUGAAGUACUGAUUUAUGUAUUUGAUGUGGAAAGCAGAGAGAUGGAGAAAGACAUGCAUUACUACCAGUCCUGUUUGGAGGCUAUUUUACAGAACUCUCCAGAAGCGCGGAUCUUCUGUCUGGUGCACAAAAUGGACUUGGUACCUGAAGAGCAGCGCGAGGAGAUCUUCAAGGAGAGGGAGGAGGAUCUGAAGAGGCUCUCCAAGCCUCUGGAAUGCACGUGCUUCAGAACUAGUAUAUGGGAUGAAACUUUAUACAAAGCGUGGUCGAGCAUAGUUUACAAGCUAAUACCCAACGUGAAAGCGUUGGAGUCGUCACUCAAACAGUUCGCGGAAAUCGUGGAUGCAGAUGAGGUGUUACUAUUCGAGCGUGCAACAUUCCUGGUAGUAUCUCACUGCCAGCAACGCGCACACCGCGACGCGCACCGGUUCGAGAAGGUGUCCAACAUCGUCAAGCAGUUCAAGCUGUCCUGCUCCAAGCUAGCUGCUCAGUUCCAGAGCAUGGAGGUGCGCAACAGCGUGUUCGCGGCUUUCAUAGACGGCUUCACAAGCAAUACCUACGUUAUGGUCGAGAUGUCGGACCCCAAGAUACCCUCGGAAGCAACCCUCAUCAACAUCAGGAACGCGCGCAAACACUUCGAGAAGCUAGAGAAGGUCUCCUCAAGUGCCCCCAGCCAGUACCAAUGAGACAGUGCUAUAAAUAAACUGUGUAGUUAAAUUUCUAUGUACUAGGAGUGCAAAGCACCGUUGUCUUGCCAAAGCAAGUCAGUGAUAGUCCGUUUGUUAUGCGUGUGGACGCGAGAAGCUAUGACGUCACACGUUUGCGCUGUAGCUAAAACAGGUAUGUGUUAUAAUGUGUUUGAAUUACCCGAUUCUUAUUAUCGUUAUUAUUAUUUUCUUUAACCGGCUUUGUUGAUUUCAAUUGUACCACUUUUAAUCAGCCGAUUCUUAUUUAAAAUUGUAUAUUGUACAUUAUGUAUCUUUGCGCAUUAAAAUAGAUGUUUGCGCAAAACAGUCAUGUAGAAUUACGUUUGCGCAAAAUAUACAUAUCGUUGCGCAAGUACGAGCCGAUUAAUAGGAGUCGGGGUAUUCAACCAAACAGGUAUUGAAACGGGUUAUUCGUAGGCACAAUUAUUUGACGUUAUAGUGUUAAAUAAAUAAUUAUAAUAUUUAGUAUACUUUGUUUUUCAAUGGCUGCGCUCGAAAAGAUUUAAAGCGGAUUUUAAUUUAUAUGAACCGAUUUGAAAUUCAAAAGGUAUUGUUUUGUUUAACUAUGAAUAGAUUUAUUUAAAGUCAUGACAUCUUUUAUGUUUUUAAUACUCGUACAAAAUGAUUUCAUAGGUUCUUCUUAAUAAAACAGUCUUGAAACUUGUAAAGGCUUUAAAUGUUCAGUGCCUUACAGGUUACGAAUAUCAAACUUGUAGUUAUACGGAACAGCAACAUUGAGUAAAGUUUAUUAAGUACUUUAU